AAGUAAGAAGGCCAUUGAGGGUAUCCCAGUCUGAAUGGCACGCAUUGAGCGAGAGCGCAUGGUGACAAAUUACACCACUCAUGGAUGGCAGGUGCCGGAUCCUGAUGAUUCACGUUUUUCACCGCGCCGCAAUGAUGAGUGAUACAUAGAUAGUCAUACUUCGCCAGCCGCGAAACGCGACAACAAAACAAUUCUCCUCCUCCCGGCCAACGCUGUGAACUCUCUUCAAUGCGUGAGUCUUCCGCAUCCGACAGAAUCGAAGACAUGUCGUUGACUCUUUAUGACCUUCCGCAUACGGCGUGGGAUCGAGUGGCUUAUUACGUAUCGGACGAUUUCGACACAUUGCUUCGCUUGUCUACCCUGAGCAAAGCUGUUCAAGCAAUCUGCCGCCCACAUACCUCUGCGUUCUUUCGAAAAUCUGUUCCCGCCGAAAUCUGGGAGCAUAAAUGGCUGAGAAAUGAAUGGGCAAACCAUUCACUUGUGCACAUGGUUCUCAACGGUGACAUCGAUCCAACCUACAUCCAAGAAUAUGAGUGUAUCAAGCAGUACAGCCACUAUGAUUACGUGCGGCGCAAUGGUACCGACGUGAUUCCGUUCUAUCCCCAUCGGUUCAUGCCAACUCCAACUGCGCGGCCAGGUCUUCCACGUCCAGGCUUUGAGCACUCGACCGAACGCCAGAUCUGCCACUUUGACCUCUUGAUCCGGUCGGCUAUCGACUCUUCACGUUGGGUCUCCCCCGAACAGCGAGAACACGUAUUUCAGCGAUUUUGCACGGGUGACAAAGAUGCUGCUGGGAUCAUUCUUUUGUCACUUUUGAAAAACCUAAGGGCCGUGAAUCCACCUAUCAAGGGCGGUCUAUGUGCGGAAUUGUUUCGCAGAGUCGCCUGCGAAUCUCGUCACCGAGGCCUCCCAGAAUGCAGCUCGGACAUUGACGACUACGAUUCAUGCGAACUGAUCGUCGACCAUUCAGACACGCUACCGUUUCCCGAGCUUUUGGUCCUCUACGUGGAGCCUAAUUGGAGCACGAGGACAAUCACCACAUUCUGGCUAGACAAUAUUCUGCCCUUCUUAGGCAUACCCUCUCUGCGUAGGAUCGUCCUUCACGGCGUGCGCGACUGGGAAUAUGAGGAUUGGCCUCCACCAGGUGAUUUGCCUCCGAUAAUCUGCCCUGAGAUCUAUUUCGCACAAUCGUCCGUCCCUCGCGAUACCGCAUUCAAAUUCUCAGAGUAUCUAGCUGGGCCCUGCACGCUAAUGCAAUGGUGUCAAGUCGAUCGUUAUUGGUUCCCACCCCUUGAGCAGAGGAUGGAUUUCGACCCAACGUGGGAUCAUCUUCGGGUUGAGAUUAAAGACUCUGGCGAGAGGCAUGUGUGGACCUCGCUGGAAUGUGAGGGAGGGAGGCCCGGUUAUAGGUAUGCUUGGGUAAGCUGGCUUUGGCAUCGUAAGAUGCAGGACUGGAAAUUAUUGGAUCAGGAGUUUUCUUUCGAAGAGGGGGACAGUGAUGAUGAUGAGCUGUCAGGUAUGAUAUAGAGCCAUCGCAUGGCAAGAUGAAUUCGAGAUCUGCCCUAUCAUAUCACCUCGGUUGAUUGUGCAUGUUUUGGCGUGACUCGAGUGGCAAUGGCGGAUUGAGAAUACGAAUGAGAAUCAAAGUUCAUCUGUUCGAACACUGAAGGAAGUCGAUGAGUCGACCAAUUGAGCCCGAAGCCCCAUCA